CGAGCCAGCAACAGAUACACACAUUCCGGGAAACACUUUGCCAGCGAUGUCAAUCAAAUUCCGAGAAGCGCCUUGUGGAGAGCUGGUACUUAAAGGAGGAGGUCUACAGAUCUUGCGGAAGCAGCACCGGCCUGGUGUCCCUCACAAGGAUGAGCCAAAGAUGGCCUUCUCUGCAGAGCCCCUGCGGAGCUUGGCGGGCCGUGGGUGCUGGUUCGAGCUCCGAGUGGAUGCCAUGGCAGGUGGUGAGCUGUGCCCAAUGGGUCUUGGCUUCACUGCCACUGACCCUGAGAUGCUCCGGGGUACAGAAGAGGAACCUGCCAAGCUUCCCGGAAGCGCGGCUUUCCUUCCCAAGUCCUACGUGGGCGGCUACCUAAGCUCUGUGUACUGGGACGGAGAAAAGGUGGAGGUGGACAACAUCUUCGAGAAGCUGAAGCCCGCCAAAACCUUCACAGUGGGAGUUCUGGCAACCGUGCUGGGUGGGCUGGAGUUUUUCAUCAAUCGACGGCUUGUUCUCUCCUAUGCGCCAGAGGACCUCAUGAAACGCAUCGACCUGGAGCAACCGCUUUGGGCCGUUUUGGAUUGUGCCGGUGGCCUCAAGAAGGUACGUCACGGUGAUCAGCCGUGAUAUCCUAGUCAACUGCAUGGAGCUUCGUUGGCGACAGCCAUGCAGCGACUCUGUCGCCCCCUGCUGAAAAAGGAAACAAUCCAAAAAGAACCUUGUGACUCCAAAGGUUGAACACACACACACACACACACGUUGGUCUUGUGUGCAGGGCUGCCUCAUUCCUGACUCAGUGCCACCUUCCGAAGAAGAAGCCAAUGCGCCCGAUGAGGAUGAGCAGCCGGAAGCUCCGGAGGAUGCUCCUGAAGAUGCUCCGGAGGGGGUCGAGGAGGCAGCCGAACAAGCUCCAGCGGAAGGAGAGCAAGGCUGAGCUUUUGCAGUACAGACGCUGAAGAGAUAAACACAUUGACAUGUCAAGCCACGGGGCCACAGUAGUGUUGUCCAUUCAGAGUGUUAUCUGUCAGUAUUCAACUUUUCCAAAGCAGUUUCACCCUUGCCUUGCCCAAAGUGGAAGGGCCAAAGCGAAGGAAUCCACAAGGAAUCCUUUGUUUUUCAAGGCGCUUCCAUGGCCUUUAGGGCCCUUCGGUGUUGAGGCGCGAUCCUGUCACUGUGUCAACAGUGGAC